AUGUCGGUUCUAUUCACCUCCAUCUCGCCAGAUAACCCAGUCAAAAAGGAAGAUGCAAACCAGCUUCUCCAGAGACUCGGUCUCUCCGUCAGCCCAGAGGAGGAGGACGACUUUCACACGCUCCUGGCCGCCGUGCACGACUGUGCAGAAACGGUCUCCAACCUCCAGGAUUACCAGCCCGUCCCCGAUCUCGAACGAUACCCUCGACAGAACGUUCGAAGACCUUCUUCCGAAGAGCAGGUCUUCGGCCAGGCAUGGGCACAUAAGUUCUUGAUUAAAGGCAACCCCGAUGGAGGGCCCUUGGCCGGCAAAACCAUCAGUUUGAAAGACACGAUUGCGGUCGCAGGCGUGCCCCAGCUGCUUGGAAGCGAUAUCAUCCCCUCCUGGACCCCUGUCACGGACGCCACGGUGGUGACUCGGGCACUGGCUGCGGGGGCUGAUAUCCAUGGAACGUCGACCUGCGAGAAUUAUUGCCACUCGACCUCGUCGUACACGAGUGCGCAGGGGAUCGUCGAGAACCCUUUUGCCGAGGGUUAUUCGUCGGGUGGGAGCACCUCGGGCGGGGCGGCGCUGGUCGCAGCCGGGCUGGUCGAUAUCACUAUCGGUGGAGAUCAGGGGGGCAGUAUUCGUGUGCCCUCGUCUUUCUGUGGCUGCGUGGGACUUAAACCGACAUACGGCCUUAUUCCGUACACCGGCAUCGCCAGCGGAGACGCGAUUAACGACCACGCCGGCCCUAUUGCUCGAAGCACGCUGGAUGUCGCCUUGUGUCUGGACGCAAUCAGCGGCUAUGACGGAAUCGACGACCGAUGCCUGGGCAGCCCGCAGCCCGGCUCGACCGCCUACGCGACAGCGCUACAGACCGAAGAAACCCGGGGGCGCCUCAACGGCGUCCGCGUGGGAUACCUGAAGGAAGGGUUCGAGCACGCCACCGUCGACCCGGCAGUCAAACAAGCCGUGUUGAACGCCGUCCAGAAGCUCGCGGAGCUGGGCGCGGUCGUCGAGGAGGUGUCGGUGCCGGACCACUACCACGGCCCGGCCAUCUGGACCAUCCAGCAGCGGAUCUCGGGCUCGAUGACGCUGCUGGGCCAGGCGCACGGCCGACGCGGCCUGCAACUGACCGAGAUGGAGCGCGAGCGGCUCCCCUGGACGCCCGAGGGCUUCCGGCGCGCGUUCCCCAGCACCAAGAACGUGAUCAUCAACGGCCUGUAUCUCACCUCCCAGUUCCCCGAUCUGUACGGCAAGACGGUCAACAUCGGUCGACGGCUGCGGGACCGCUACGAGGAGGUUUUCGGUCGAUAUGAUGUCGUGGUAAUGCCGACCACGCCGAUUGUCGCCCCCCGCCAUGGCUCCCCGCGCGACCUGCCGGUCGAGGCGCUCCGGCCUAGCAUGGGCCUCACGAUCAAUACGGCGAUCUUCGAUGUCACGGGCCAUCCUGCUAUGUCGAUACCAGUGGGUCGUGCGGCUGCUAAGGAUAAUUCUGAGGUUCAGUUGCCGGUGGGGAUGCAGAUUGUCGGCGGGCUGUGGCAGGAGGCUAAGGUGCUUCGGGUGGGGCAUGCUUGGGAGCAGCAUUUCGAUUGGAAGAGUCAAGGGGGAACGAGGUGAUGUCGAUGAUACAUUCUAGAACAAAAUCGCAAGUACAGUACAUAUUUCAUC